GAGGCGUGAACUAGCACAGAGAUCGGUGCACAGGAGUUUAUUUCCUAAACUGUCACAAAGCAAAGCGCACCCGAACCCCCAGAGCCUCGCGCUAUCUGCGUCACUUUGGAGAGGUAGUGCAAUCCUCGGCAGUGUUCUGAGACUGCACUAACUGCUCCGGCCAGCACUGGAGACAUCCGGAAAAUGGGCAUUACGGAGAGGAGAUCAUAAAUAAAACCAUCGUAUAUGUGGGCAAACUUUAAAAGAAACAAAGCUUUUUCGUUCGGAAGGUGAUUUCUUUUUUACGCAGGAAAAACUCAACGGUUUUCGUCUGCGUUUACCCAUAAUGACAGCCGAGAGAGAGAAGAAGAGGCAUCCUUCGGAAAGGCGCAAGGAAAAGUCCAGAGAUGCUGCCCGCUCCAGGCGCAGUAAAGAGACAGAGGUGUUCUACGAACUAGCCCACCAGCUCCCGUUACCCCACAGCGUCAGCUCACACCUGGAUAAAGCCUCCAUCAUGAGACUAGCCAUCAGUGUCCUGCGAACACGCAAACUCUUUAACUCAGGCUGCACAGUUCAACAAACUCGGUCACAAAAUGACACCCAUAUGGACAGUCUAUACUUGAAGUCUCUGGAAGGCUUUGUUGCCGUGGUAACGUCAGAUGGGGACAUUAUAUUCCUCUCAGAGAAUGUCAGUAAAUACAUGGGCCUCACACAGGUGGAGCUGACAGGUCACAGCAUCUUUGACUUCACACACCCUUGCGAUCAUGAGGAAAUCAGAGAAAAUCUAAGCGUCAAAUGCGGUCCUGUGUAUGGCAAGAAGGGUAAAGAAAUGAGCGCAGGAAGAGAUUUCUUUAUGAGGAUGAAGUGUACGGUCACCAACAGAGGUCGCACUGUCAACCUCAAAUCAGCCAGCUGGAAGGUGCUGCAUUGCACAGGGCAAUUGCAAGUGUGCAACAGCCGCCCACCUCAAGUCCUGUGUGGGUUUUCCGAACCCCCCCUCACAUGUGUUACUAUGCUUUGUGCACCAAUCCCACACCCCUCCACCGUGGACACACCCCUGCACAGCAAGACGUUUAUGAGCAGACACAGUAUGGACAUGAGGUUUAUCUACUGCGAUGAGAGAGUAAGCAGUUUGAUUGGCUAUAGACCAGAGGAACUUCUCGGCCGUUCUGUGUAUGAGUUCUGCCAUGCUCUGGACUCUGAAAACAUGACAAGGUGCCACCAAAAUCUUUGUAAUAAGGGUCAAGUGGUGAGCGGCCAGUACAGAAUGUUAGCCAAGCACGGGGGCUUUGUUUGGGUGGAGACCCAGGCAACCGUCAUCUACAACCAUCGCAACUCCAAACCACAGUGCAUCAUCUGCAUCAACUACAUCCUGAGUUCUAUUGAAGAGCAAUCGUUGAUUCUCUCCUUGGAUCAAACCGAGUCUCUGUUCAAGCCGUACCACAUGCCUAACACAGGAGAACUGUUCAGCCAGGGAGGAGCAGGCUCAGUUUUAGAACCCGAGGCCCUUCCUUUCAGUAAGCUCAAGGCAGACCCUGAGGAGCUAGCCCAGUUAGCACCCAUGCCGGGAGACGCCAUCAUUGCCCUGGACUUUGAGAGUCCACAGUUUGAAGAGUCGGCGUUCUUCCCCGAGUCUACCAAGAUACCUGUGGUCAGCCAGUCGUGGGUUGAGGACAUGCCCCCUGAAAGCAGUCCUGAUGGUAGCCUGUCUAAAAUGUCCUCUGCCUUCCCUGUGCUCCAGGUGCCUCUUCAAGGCAAGGCCAAGUCCUGUACCACGCCCUGCUUGAGUCGAUGCAACAGCAGUUGCUCCACACCUAACAGUCCAAUAGAUUACUACGGCAAGGAACUGAAGGUGGAGCUGACAGAGAAGUUAUUUGGCCCUGAAAAUGUGGCAACAAAUCCCACAGACACCCAGUUGGACUUGAGCGAUCUGGACCUGGAAACUCUCGCUCCCUACAUUCCCAUGGAUGGUGAAGACUUUGAGCUUCACCCAAUCUGUCAGGAUGAGCCGGUGCCUGACACAGAUCCAGACUGUAGCACAGCCGUCCAGCACAGUUUUAGCAGAGUAGCUGAACUCUUUCAGCCCUUGGGCUCAUUCCCUUCUGACAACAAGAGCAGUUAUAACACAUGGCCAGACACAGUUCAUGUGCAACAUUAUCAAACUACACCCAACAUCCAACUCCCCUCUGAGAAAGGCAGGCGGGUUCUUCAGUGGCCUCCCGACCCUCCCUCACAGUAUGAACAUACAGAGAUUAGACGCAUGGAUGAACACAGCACAGAAGACCCAGGUCAAACGUGUAAUUUCUCUGCUGGCCUGCCAGAGCAAAGGUAUUUUGAGAACUUUGGCCCUGUACAGAAAGACAUGAGUCUGGGGCAGGUUGCCCUCAUCAACAGCUUUAAACGGAAGAGACAGUCUGAGUUUGGUUCCUCAUGCUCCUUCUCUGAUAUCUCGAAGCAGGAGAUGAGCCUGUAUUCCGCUCACAAUGAGCCUGUAGGUGGUAAGAGGAUGAAGACCGUUGACAGCUGUGCCUUCUCUUUCAGGAAGUCUCUCAGCACGAGUGUGCUCACAGAUAAACUUCCACCAUACAUGCAAAGAGUUGUGGCUCCUGGCAGCUUCAUACACUCUCAAGAAGGGAGCUCAGAAGAUCUCAAACAGCAUUUUACAGAUAUGUUCUGCCUUCCCAAUAACAGGCAGUAUCACAUGCUGCCUUCACCAAGACAAAGCGGGAUGAUAAGUCAGCUACUGGGCCCAUCUUUCAACACAUAUUGCCUUCCGGAGCUCACGCGAUAUGACUGUGAGGUAAACGUGCCUCUACAUGGGAACCUGCAUUUGCUUCAGGGCUGUGACCUUCUGAGAGCCCUGGACCAGACAACGUAGAGCUUCUGUAGCAAUCCAUCCAGUCUCUGCUUGUUCCUUUAAUCUUUUUCAAUAUGUCUCUGUGCUGUUAUAUUUUAUGCAUGUAUUAUCAUGCUUUGUAUAUUUUCCUCUAAGACGUGUUAUAUUUUAAUAUAUUUAAAAAUAUAUAUUGUUAUAUGUAUCAUAUGUGUUCAGACAAACCACAUUCAAUACGGUCAUGAUUCUUCACUAGCCGUUCUUAACAGUUGUGGACAGAUUUGUGCAAAUUUACUAUAUCAAAUAACUACAAUACAUUUACAAAAAUAUAAACAGUACAGUAGUUUCCUUUUUAAUUUAUUUAUGUAGCUUUGAAUUAUUCAUGGAACAGAAAUACAAUGUUUAAGUGUUUUGCCAAGGCUGUGGCCUCAAAAAUUGCCUUGAACUUGUGCCAGCAAAAAAGGUUGCAUUAAUCUGCGUAGCUCAUCUGUUUUAUGAUGUUGAACAUUAAUAUAUAACCCAUGUUUUCUCUGCUUUUAAUCUAAACUUUCCACUACAUUCUCCUUUAACAUAAUUGCUAUGACAGGGAUGCUUUAUUGAGUCUAUAGGUUCUCUGCGAUCAAAAGCACUUUAUUUUAUAGAUCCAAAUGGAACUUCAAUUCCUUUAGUAGACUAAAAGGGGAAAGGAACAGGGGUCUGGUCUAUUGUUAUCUCAUAUCUCAGCAAUCCCGCCUAACCUGUUCUUUAAAAUAUUUCUUAUUCUCAGACUUAAUAACAGAACUUUAACUGUAAACGCGUAUGUAUUUUUUGUCAUACAAACAUAUCUAUUGUGUCUGUAGUCAGAGUUUAUUGCUCUGAUGUCUGUUACACAUAACAAAUGUUUGUAUUUGGUGUUCAGAAGUGCCUUGGUACUUGUCUACCUAGCAGUAGACAGAGAUGAAUCUAUAGCUUUCUUCUAUACAUGCCUAAUAUACAUGGCAAGUUAAGUUUGUUAUAUUUUGUAGUAUAUUUUGUGAUGUGUAUCACCUUCUUGUGAUACUCUGGGGUUUAUUUGUGUCAAAAACAAAAGCUAUAGAGCUAAUUUCAGUUUUAUUUUUGAGAGAGUCUGUAAUUGUUUUCAGGAUAGUGUCUUAAAUUAACAACGAUUGGUAUCUUAUUGGUAUCAUGGUUUCAUUUUUUCUUGGUAUAAACUUUGCACCAGUAAAACAAAAGUUGUUUUUCAAAAUAAUUCUACUUUUAAAUCAUUCUCAGAUUUUUUCUUCCAUGAUUCUGUCACUGUUACAAGGGUAAUUAUUUUUGCUUUUGUAAUUUUGACAGGUAACUGGAAGCUACAGUUUUUUUUAUUUUUUUAAAGUGUAACUGAAGCCCUCAUGCUGAUAUAUUAUUUAAGAAAUAACUGUUCAAUUUCCAACCACUGCAGUUCAUAUAGACUUUUACUAGCUGACAGCACGCACAAACACACAAACGUACACAUUACUGCAUGCAGGGCAACAUUAUUGGGUUAGUGGCUCGAUGUCUAUACAUCCAGCACUGACUGUGUAUAAAGAAACACAUUUUUGCAUAGAAAUUUAGCAUUACUCCCUUCAAAUGUGACGACAUUUGCAAGGAAGUAUAAAGCUUAAUGCAGAUAAUGUUACCCCCAAACAUAUUCUUCUUUUUGGCUUUAAAAUGACCACAAAUCAAUCUGUUUGUAUCACUGAAAUUUGAGUAAUAUUUACAACAAUCAUGACCCAGAGAGAGGUGCAAUAUGUUAUUUUAGGUCAAAAGCCUUAAAGACAAGCGCUACAGUUUGUUGAGAUUGUGAGAUUGAGGUUGUUUCUUCAUUUGAUUCACAUUAAAAGCCUUUUUCGUCUAAUGUCUUAUACAAGUAUAGAUGUGAUUUGUGUAUGGGUUGUUCCUCUGUAUGCCUUGUAUAAGAUUGUUACAGUGAUUAUUAAAGCAUUAAUCAUAUGAA